CUAUAAGAUGGAGCUAAGCCGUAUACCUGUCUCGGGUUACAGUGAGGAUUGAGAUGGCGUGAGUGUGUCUGGCGGGUAGAGUUGCUCAAUAAAUGUACACUGCCUUCUACUGUUAAGAGCUGUAAAGAUGUCUGACAAGAACCAGAUAGCUGCCAGAGCUUCCCUUAUUGAGCAACUGAUGGCUAAAAGGAAUUUUGAGGAUCUUGGCAACCACCUUACUGAGCUAGAAACUCUUGGUGUGACUAAGGAGCAUCUCCAGGAGACAGAUGUGGUCAGGGCUGUGUACAGAGUCCUCAAAAACUGCCCGACAGUGGCUUUGAAAAAGAAAGCCAAGUGUUUGCUGUCAGAAUGGAAAGCUCUGUAUAAGUAUACUCACUUCAAACAAAGGGACAGCUCUAAAUUAUUCCCUGUGGGUGGAAAUAAAGAAGAAAAUUCAGGACUUUCUCAUGACCCAAGUCAGGAUGAGAUAUUGGGCGUCUCCAGUUCUGAUUCUCUGCUAUCAUCUCAAGAUGUUAUGGCAAAAGCCGUUGAAAUGAUUGUGCCUGAAAAUAGCACCAGUCCAGUGGAGCCCAAGGAAGAGCAUUUCAGGGAUGGUGACCCUAAAUCCACUGACAGUAGAUCAAAUGAGUUGCUGAAUCCCGCAGUGCCCAUGAGAACUAAAUGCACAGAGUUUCUUUAUCAAGCUUUAACUAGUUCUUCCACACAUCAGCCCAAAGCUGAUGUGUGGCAGAACUUUGCAAGAAAAAUUGAAGAGCACAUUUUUGCCCUUUAUUCAAAGAACCUCAAAAAAUAUAAAACUUGUAUCAGAAGCAAAGUUGCCAAUCUGAAGAACCCCAAAAAUUCUCACUUACAACAAAACCUGCUCUCUGGCACCAUGUCUCCGAGAGAAUUUGCUGAAAUGACUGUCAUGGAAAUGGCAAACAAGGAACUGAAGCAGUUGAGAGCCUCCUACGCGGAAUCUUGCCUACAGGAACAUUACCUUCCCCAAGCAAUGGAGGGCACACAGACAAAGAAAAUAAAAUGCAGACGUUGUGAGAAAUUCAACUGCAAAGUCACUGUAAUCGCCAGAGGAACACUUUUCCUUCCAAGUUGGGUGCGGAAUUCAAACCCAGAUGAAGAAAUGAUGACCUAUGUAAUUUGUAAUGAAUGUGGGGAGCAGUGGUACCAUAGCAAGUGGGUGUGCUUGUAAUUGUAAAUAAAUGUUCU